AUGGGCAGAAUUUUCCUCGAUCAUAUCAGUGGUACUGGUCUGUUCUCUUGUGCAAACUGCGAUACACUCCUGACCAACCGCUCAGAGCUCAUCUCCACUCGGUUCACGGAAGCCACUGGCAGAGCAUUUCUUUUUCACAAGGUAGUUAACCUGCAGUACAGUGAAGUUCAACACUGGGUCAUGCUCACUGGCCGCCACAUGGUUCGAGAUGUGAGCUGCAAGAACUGCAAUAGCAAACUGGGAUGGAUCUAUGAGCUCGCCACUGAAGACAGCCAGCGCUCUAAGGAAGGCCGUGCGAUCCUGGAACGCGCUCUAGUAUGA